AUGGCCGAGGGCGGUGACGCCGCGGCCGCAGCCGCUACGAGCGCCGAGAACACCGGCGGCAACAACGAAACCUCCGAACUACCGUUCGCCGAGAGUGGGCCCGAAGACACGGGGGAGGAAGAACCAGCGGUCCCACAACGGACGACCUUCCUGCAAUACCUAUCUAGUCCGAUCGUGACGCUGCUUGUUGGGUCGGGCGAGACGGAGACCAUCUUGACGGCGCAUCAGGGCUUGUUGGUGCAGAGCCCAUAUUUCCAGGAGGCGUGUGCGGAGUUUGCGGAUGAUGGGAGCCCCCGCCAGAUCGAGCUUCUCAGUGAGCAUAUUGACGCUACUGGCUGCUUCCUCGAGUUCCUCUACACUGGCGACUACUUCCCACGCAAAGUGCCGGGACAGCGCACGCUAGAGAAGGACCCGACGAUCCCAGAAGUCGACCUGACGGGCGACCAGCUCCUCAAGCACGCCAAGGUGUACACGCUAGCCGAAAAGUUCGGCCUCGCCGCACUCAAGAACCUCGCCUCUAGCAAGAUCCACUGCGUCAACUCGACCGCCAAGGGCGAGAUCGCCUACGCCCGCUACGUCUACGGCUUCACCGCCAAGGAGGACGUCGCCAUCCGCGCCCCUGUCGCCAACUUCUGGGCCACCCGCUCUCACACCCUACGCGCCGAGGCCGAAGAGGAGUUCCGCAGCCUGUGUCUCGAAUACCCCCAGUUCGGUUACGACGUGCUCACCCGCGUCCUCGACGAGAAACUCAAGCGCGAACGCAACGAGAAGAUGCACCCCGGUGCGACUCCCAGCAGGGCACACAAGCGGCCGCGUCACAGCAGCGGCACUACUUAA